GCUGGAGCCACUAGGGGUCCGUGUCUCGCUGAACAGCUGCAUGAUUAGAGCGGAAGGCCACUUGUUCUUUCUAAAGGCGGGAUCAGGAAGCAGCGCUGUGUGAGUUAUUUUGGGCGCAUUGAGACUGUGAACAGCACGGCGUCUGCGGAAGAGGAUUGAAAUUUCUCCAUGAUAGUGUUCAGACAAUGGCGUGUCAGCUGUCGUUGUGUGGCGCUGAUCGCGAAGAAAUGAGGCGGGACCGCAAAAACUCGUCCACUGAAGAAAGUCAACUUGAAAUCCCACAACCCUCUCUAAUACAAAUUAACAAUGUCGUCAACAUCACAAAAACACAAGGACUUUGUGGCAGAGCCCAUGGGGGAGAAAUCUGUGAUGGCACUUGCAGGAAUCGGUGAAGUUCUUGGAAAGAGAUUGGAAGAGAAGGGCUUUGACAAGGCAUAUGUUGUUCUAGGACAGUUCUUGGUACUGAGGAAAGAUGAAGAGUUGUUUCGGGAAUGGUUGAAGGAUACUUGUGGAGCCAACAUUAAACAGCAAGGCGACUGUUAUAGCUGUCUGAGAGAGUGGUGUGACUCUUUCCUGUAGUUUACUUUUUUUUUUUGUUGUUGUUGUAUAUUCAUUUCCCUCCCACUUGUAUGUGGAAUACGUUUACCUCACUUUGACUUUUCGGACAUAAUUUUUGGAUGUAUUGAUAUUAAUUCUUAGCAUAGAAUUAUCGCACUAGAAGGUCUUUAGAUGGGUACACUUGUAAUAUAACUGCUCAUUUUGUGUUGUUCAAACAUCAUUCACACUGGAUCUUUAGUUUUGGGGGUGUGACACAAAAUCAUCCAUGCAUAUGCAGUUCUGUUUCAAGCUGUACAUGCACUAGUAGUCUAAAUACACAUUUGCCAAGAACAACACAAAUAGUUCCCCUUCUCUGUUUAUGAUGUUUGAAGGUUUUAACUGACUUGUGUCCAAAAUGUGCCACUUUUAAAGGUUUAUGUGAACUUGAGUAUGUAUUUCCCAAAUGAUCAGAUGCAUAAUGGUAUCAUUUUGUUAUAUGGUUUUUAUGCUCCCCAGCCAAAAAACUGCUGUCAGAUGUUUAAAAUGCUACAUGAAUGGUCUAAGAAACUCUCAUAAAUGUUCUUAUGAUUCUACUAUUUUUGAACCUUUUUGUGUUUUGGCAUUUUAAUUCUUUGAAUAAAUGAUCCAAAAAGUAAUAAUUUAUAGGGUGUGUGGUGAGUAUGUGGAAUGAAAAACAGUAUUGCCAAUCCAGCUCAACCUGUUACACAAGUGGAAUUACCUGUUUUGCUUUGGAUUAUUAAAAAUCAUGAAUUUACACUACUGUUCAAAAGUUUGUGGUAGUUACAAUUUAGAAU